GGCACAGUCUCGAACCGGCAGCGAAGAGGACAUCACUAGCAGUAAAAGUUUGGACGUCUUCAUUAGCUACCGAAGGUCAAACGGCUCCCAAUUAGCCAGCUUGCUGAAGGUACACCUCCAGUUGCGAGGUUUUUCCGUGUUUAUCGACGUAGAGAGAUUGGAGGCGGGAAAAUUUGACAACAACCUUCUCAACAGCAUAAGACAAGCCAAACAUUUCCUUCUGGUCCUAACUCCAAACGCUUUAGAUCGCUGUAUGGGAGACGCCGAUUGUAAAGAUUGGGUUCAUAGGGAAGUCGUUGAAGCGCUUCACAGUCAGUGUAAUAUCAUUCCUAUAUUAGACAAUUUUCAAUGGCCUGAGCCAGAAACUCUACCGGAGGACAUGAGAGCAGUAUGUUACUUCAAUGGAGUUAGGUGGAUUCACGACUAUCAAGACGCGUGUGUUGACAAAUUAGAGAGGUUCAUGAGGGGUGAAAUGAAUGUCAGAAGUGAUGGCCCACUAGGUCGCUAUGUAGGCAUGGGCCCUGGCACUCCAGGAACGCCUAGUACGACACUUAACCGAAACGCCCUCUAUCAGCGUAGUGGCAGUAAUGACAGUGCAAAAGGUAGCACGUGCUCGGACAGAGAAGUCACUCAUUGUAAUGGUAAUAGCUGGUCUUCGGGUGGAUCUCAUGUUUGACCCUUUUUUGUCAAGAUUUAGACUAUGUGAAACUAAUUUUUUCAACUUGUAGAAAAAAAAGCCUUCUAACAAAACUAUUAUUAUUAGCUACAUUUGCACUGUGAUAAACACGGAUGUGCAAAAGGUGUAAAUUAGGCUUGGAAAAAGGGGUCAUUCAACAAUCUAUAGCCUCCACUUUGGCGGGCCAGGAAAGAAAUAAUAAUUUUCUAGAGCUCCCCCUAGUGUCACUGGUAUUGACCUGUGUCUUAAGAAGCUUAGCUAUUUUAAGAUUCGUUUCAGAUUUAUAUCGUAUAAAAGAUAAAAGAAAUAGUUGUAUCUAAAUUCAUAAAAUAAAAAUUAUGUAACUUACAUUUUCUUAAACACGAAAUAUAUGUUAAAUAUUAAACUGUUAACUUAUGCUUCCCAAGUUCCUGCAUCAGAGCCCUAAACGACGAUCCUAUUUUUCCUAUGUAAAAGAACUAAGCGUACGUACUUUGAAAAUAUUUACACGAAUAAUUAAAGAUUUAUAAUAAAAUAAUGUUUUUUUAGUUCUUUAAUUAUUUUAUAUAUUUAUAUUAUGGCGAUGGGUAUGUUCGAACUUAUAUAUCGUGAAGAUCAUAGUUUAGUUUCAUUGUAGGUCUAGCGUGGUCAUUAAAACUAAAAGGUCAUUUUUUUAAAAUGAGAAAAGUAUAACGGAAAAACAAUUUACAACAGUGAAAUAGUUUUACUUUUAGACUUUUCUAAAUUUAGACUAAAUAUGUAGCGUAAUAUUAUUAACUUUUGCUUGGUAAGUUUAGUUAUAAGUGUACGUUAGGCCUAGUUGCAAGCCAAAAUUUUUUGUUAAGCAUAAUAUAGUUUAUAAUUGUGACAUAUGGUAAAUAGGCCUACGUUUAAUAAUUGGCUUAGAAAUGUUAGCCCUUGUAACUUUUACUUAUGGUUACCAGAUACCUCUCAAAGUACCCCCACUGACGAAAAAAAUCCCCUAGGCUUUACUUAAGUUUCGCAAAUUGAGUGGUGUUUCUUGAUAUACAUUGUGAAUAAAUUUAUUAAUUUAGUGCAAGGUUAUUAAAUGUUCAGAUCUUACCUGCUACCAGUCGCAAGAAAGAUUAUACAGCACACGUUACCCACAUUUUUUCAAGUCAGUGACUAAAAGGUUGGGAAGUGUUACAACUCACAAUAUGUGUUACUCACAUAAUUCAGUCACUUGUCUGUGAGAGACGUAUUCUCGUUAGUGGGGGGUUGCAGUCUCGAACUUUUUCUGAAUCCUGGUAUUUUAAUUGGCGUAAAUUGCAGGAUUACGUUUGGGAUUCUAAAUGUUUUAUUUACUUACACGAUAUUUUGCCUUAAAUCAAAAGUAAUUAAACGAUAUGCAUUUUAUUGCAUUCAUUGUGUAACUUAAAUAGUUAAAAAAUAAAACGAAAGCAGGAUAAAACAUUAAGCACAGCGUUUAGUCUGGAGGCUUAUAACGCUAAAAAUCGGGUUAAAAGUUUUCGUGCAAUUUGGAUAUUAGCUUUAAUACAAUCCUGGGAUUUGGAGAGACCCAUUAGCAUAGAGGAUCCAAACCCCAACUCGGUAGCGAAAUGAGGUGGGGGGUAAACAGAACUGUAUAUUUGUAGUCAUUAUGAGAGUUUAUUAAGUAGAGAAAAUAACUCGAAAUACCAGGUUUUACCCCACUAAAAAAAAA